CCUCGUGUUCUUAAUUUUGUUUGGUGAUACUAGAUUGCUUACCCCUUGAUUGAAACGUGUCGCCGAUGCACUGACAAUUCUAAACAUCCUUCCGGGGGGCGACGACGACGGGAGAAACACCGGGAAAACGAUUCAAACGCAAGUACACCAGGCGAAACCGAACCCACUACCACUACACAACUCAGUGCAUACAAAAAACAGGGGUCGGUCGUGAUGUUGCGAUCUCUCGUUGGAGUUUUACGAAUUUACCCAAAAUAUCUAUCCAAGCCAUUAAUUCCAAUUAAAAAUGGAAUUGUUAUACCACAAAUGCGAAAAUUUACCUCGAUAACUGAAGUUUCCACUCAACAGAGUUUAUUAAAUAAUUCAAAAAUACAAGAAAUUUCUCAAAAUAUUACAAGAUCAGUGACAAAAUAUUCGUUUAAAAAAGGUAAAAGAAAAGCUGUUAAAGCUGUUUUAAAACGGUUUUAUCGCUUGGAUUGGGGUGGAUGGAUACGAACUAAAGCUGGAAGGAAUAAAAGGUUGUGGAAGAAAUCUCCGCAAAGGAGACGAAGGCUUCGUCAACAUGUUCUUUGCAAUGGACAGCAAUCUAUGUUAUUAGAUAAAAUGGUUGGAAGUUUUUGGAGGAAACCAAAGUUUUAUGUUGAUGACCCCUAUAAUCCAUACCAUGUGAGAGAGGAAUUUAGAACAACUUAUGUUAAACCAAGACCUUAUUUUCCUAAGGAAACAUAACUUUUUUGGAGUAAUUAGUUAGAUUUUGUGUUAAUAAAGUUUACAAUUUGAUUUAAA